AUGUCUGCCCUUCGUUCUUGUCAGCGGGCUCUCCAAGUCCGCGCGGUGGGCCGCAGCCUUGUCUCUGCCCGCUCUAUGGCCACGGACUCGCAGAGCGCACCUCCAGCCAAGGCUACCGACGACAAGCAGAUCGAGCACGCCCCUCCGCGAGACAUUGUUGCGGCCGAUCUUGUCAGCGGUGCUCCUGCUGAGCUCCGUCAUCGUGCUGUCCGAAUCUUCCAAUACUCGCGCAGCACGACCCAGAGUGGAGAUGCGAAGUCGAGCCGCUGGCGGAUAGACUGGGACAUCCUGCCCGGUGGUGGUCGUUGGGAGAACCCCCUCAUGGGAUGGGCUAGCUCCGCCGACUACAUGCAGGGUACCCGUAUCGGUUUCCGGACGAAGGAGGAUGCCAUUCACUUUGCGGAGAAGCAAGGAUGGGACUACUAUGUCCAGCAGCCCGAGGUCAAAGUCAGGCCUGUCAAGAACUACGCCGAGAACUACCUCUACAGGCCCAACAAGCUUCGCAUCAUCCGUACGAAGUAG